AACAGUUACAGUGUAUAAUCAAUGUCCAGUCGUUAUCUAAUACAUCAGUACCGUACACAUUCUUUUGUAAUGGGAGAACAAAAAGAGAGAUACCACACAGUUUAGUUGUCGUCGGAGAUCAGUUUUAAUGAUAAAAUACAACACUUCUUCCCGGAAGAAAUUAUCUCUGAGCAAGAGAGAAAUGUGGUAUUGUUGAGCCUGAUAUGUGAUACGUUAUUUCAGGAACAUCCGACACGUUCUACCACAAUGUUGACAUUUACGGAUAUAGCUAGAACGUACCACACCCGACCUGACAGCGUUUCACACCGCGUGCCCUGUGGUCACAGCGACCUGCAUAAACUAAAAGUAGUAUUGAAAAUUAUCGUAUUUAUACGGACCUGAACUUGACCAACUGGAUAUGCUUUAGUUUAACUUGUGACGAAGUCUGUGAUAUUUCUUUGUGAGGUACCUCUGACUACGACUACCAGGCUACCAAUCUGUUUCGUGGAGAUUAUUACACAUUUAAGAUGUAUUUAACCUUAAAUAGGGCGUUACUCAUAGGUUUCCUGUUACUGGGACUCCGAUCUCGGAUAAAAGAUUCGUGCCAGGCGCACUCCCACAUCAUCACCACAACAUUAUACGAGGAUUUGUUUCAACACUACAACAAGAGACUGCUGCCUGUGUGUUCCAGGGAUGGAAAUGUCACCCUUUCUUUAAACACAGCACUGCGACAGAUCAUUGAUCUAAAUGAAAGAGAACAAGUCAUCUCCAUUAACGUCUGGCUACGUAUGAGUUGGACAGAUUGUCGUAUGAGGUGGAAUGUCUCGGACUACGAGGAUAUUGACCAUUUCUCUGUACCUUACGAGGACGUUUGGAUCCCUGAUAUCACACUAUACGACAGCGCCAGUGACGAGGUGAUGAUGCCGGGGAGGGAGGACUACAUUGCCUCUAUAUAUAACGACGGAACCGUCCACUACAACUUCCCAACCGUACUCAAAAGCAUCUGUCGGGUAGACGUCACGUACUUCCCCUUCGACACACAGAUAUGUAGUCUCAAGUUUGGGUCGUGGUCUCACCAUGGAAAAGAGAUAGACGUUGUCAACUCGAUGAAGCAAGGCGAUUUGUCAUACUACGUACAACAUAACGAGUGGGAACUCAUUGGUAUGCCUGUUGAGAAGAAUGUGUUGUUUUACGCCUGCUGUAAGGAACCGUAUCCUGACAUCACGUUCUAUAUCAACAUGAGACGGAAGUCUCAGUUUUACGUGAUGACUGUGCUGUUUCCCUGUAUUCUGACCAGUGUCGUGGCCAUGCUAAGCUUCAUCCUCCCGGCAGAGUCCGGCGAGAAGGUUUCUUUAGGGAUCACAGUACUCCUGUCGCUGGCUGUGUUCCUUCUACUGGUGUCCGAGUCCAUGCCGGCAUCGUCCGACUCCUUCCCAUACAUCGGAAUGUAUUUUGCCGUUUCUAUGGUCCUCGUCUCGUUAUCGUGUACAAUGACUGUUAUCGUCCUGAUGUUCCACUCACGGGGCUGUUCCGGCAGGAAAAUUCCAUCCUGGGCGAAACGUAUCUUCAUAGUGAAGCUAGGCAAGCUUGUUUGUUCUCAGUCAGGAAAAUAUCUCCUGGACAGAGAUAAAAGCAGGGAAGCUCCGUUAGAAUUGCAUGUAAAUGGACGUGCCAAUAACAUCGUGCACCCAGAAAAAACGGCAGAGCCAACCCAGAACGUUGUGACAAAUAAUUCCACGACGGAUAUGCUUCUCCGAACAAAGGAACCUUUAGCAAGACUCAUGCGUACUCAAUCGACCAUUCUAGAGCGUGUCGAAAACAGUUUGAACAAAAGUCACGUGGUUAAUGACGUAGAAGAUGAGUGGCACCAAUUGGCACGUGUUCUGGACAGGGUGUUUCUCUUCUUUUAUAUAGUCAUAUCGCUCAUUACGUCAUCAGUAUUUCUCGGAAUAAUGGCUAAUAAUUCAUGACAGAAGUGGUCAACAUGUCUGAACUAUAGCUCGUAAAUUACUUUGCCAACAUUUUCAUGCCAAGAACAGUAUGUCAUGUUUCUCUUCGAUGCAAUUAUUCAAAUAAAAUAUGCAAUUAAUACCUGUACAUCAUGUUAAUGAAGCCAAGGACUUUUCGAUCAGAUUCAUAUCUGUUACCUUUCAUCUGAACUUUAACUUAAUUUUGAUAUUACAAACUCCAUUUCGACUUAUUCAUCUUUAUGUACCAUUCGCUAUAACACAUAAUGUUGAUGUAUGAUACUAAAGUAUUGAGCUUUUUGCUUCACUUUUAAUUUUAUAUUAUCAACCAAUUCUACCAGUGCCAAAUACUAGCUACAUUACUGUAAUAGUGCCUGAAUAGCCAUUAGUCUCCAUUACAGUACUACUGAAACCUGUAAGAGACAUCACUUAUGUUGAAGAAUUGAACUGCUUUUUGUUGGCAUUCAUAGGCAAUAUGAAUAUGGGGUCGCGGUGACCAAGUGGUUAAGGCGUCUGAUAUUCUGCUACC